GCUGCUUAUAAAAGUCCGGACAACUUCGCCAGAUGCAGAAGCAGCAGCACGUGACCGGAACAAGAUUCAGGGAGACAGAAACCUUAAAAAUAAUUUUUCCCUGCGAGCUCAGACUCAUCGCUAUCAGGAAACAGUCAUAGGCCCAGUAAUACUCAUAAACACCUUUUUGGAACAGGUUUACGCAGAUUAGAGCAGUUUACUUCGUUCUCUUCUGUUCUUUGAGAUUAUUUCCAUCAUCGAGAAACAUGAGUGUUGUUCCUGAAUACACAGCAGCGACUCUGCAAUCGCUACCGGGAUCGCGGCUCGCUGUUCUCGGAGCUGCCUUCGUGCGGGUAGCUUCCUCCGCCGACGUCGUGGCCGUCAAGACGUUCGUCGCAGAGAACUUUGGCGCCGUCGAGUUCUACGCAAUCCUCCCGAGCGGCGUGUCUGUCGACGAGGCCAUCGCGCUGCUUGAUGCGGGCGUCGAGGCCGUCGUCGUUGCCGCCGCGGACGAAUUGCUCGCGGCAGGUGUCCCCGCGUCGCGAAUCAUUCUCUCGUCCGCCACCGCGAGCGCGGUCGAGUCUGCUGCGGGUCUCUUUGUCGACGAGGCCGCUGCUAAGACAGCCAAGCUCUCAGACAAGCAGACGCUGUACGUCGCGCUCUCGGCGCCCAAGCUCGAGCUCGUCAAGGCGCUCCCGGCAUCGUCUGUCGUCGUCGUGCCUGCCGAGUCGCUCAGCACCGAACUCGAGACUCUGGCGGGAAAGCUGUCGGUUGCGGAUGUUGUCGUCAGCAAGCUUGUGUCUGACCGGACCGACGGAUUGUUUUCGACUCUCGUCGUCGACGCCCGCGAUACCGCGCUCGGCCUCGUUUACUCCUCCGCCGAGUCGGUUGCGAACGCGAUCGCGACGUCGACGGGCGUGUAUCAGUCGCGCAAGCGCGGGCUUUGGUUUAAGGGUGCGACUUCUGGUGCGGUGCAGAAGCUGCUCAAGAUCUCGGCCGACUGCGACAGCGACUGCUUGAAGUUCGUGGUUGAGCAGUCCGGCGCCGGGUUCUGUCACAAGGAGACGGCUUCGUGCUUUGGUUCAGUGUCUGGGAUCAGCGCGCUCGAGAAGACGCUCGUGAGCCGGAAGGAGUCUGCGCCGGAGGGAUCGUACACCAAGCGGCUGUUUACGGACGAGAAGCUGUUGCACGCGAAGAUUAUGGAGGAGGCCGAGGAGCUUACGACUGCGAAGAGCAAGAGCGAGAUUGCGUGGGAACUCGCGGAUCUGGUGUACUUUGCCAUGACCAAGGCGGUCCAGAACGGCGUCUCGUGGACGGAUGUCGAGAACAACCUUGAUGCGAAGAGCAAGAAGAUUACGAGACGGAAAGGAGACGCGAAGGGGAAGUGGGCGCCUAAGGAGGAGCCCAAGCCUGAGGAGAAGAAGGUGGAGGAGGAGAAGAAGGAGGACAACGGCCGGAUCGCACUGACGAGAUAUAACGUCGCUGAUGUGUCGGCAAAGGCGCUCGACGAUCUGCUCCGCCGUCCUGCUCAGAAGAACGCAAACAUCAUGAACCUCGUCACUCCGAUUGUUGAGGCGGUGCGCACGCGCGGUGACGCCGCUCUGCUUGAGUUCACGGCCAAGUUUGAGAAGGCGCACCUUAAGUCUCCUGUUUUGAAAGCGCCGUUCCCUGCCGAGCUGAUGGCGCUGGACGAGAAGACCAAGGCGGCGAUCGACAUGUCGAUCGAGAACGUGCGCAAGUUCCACGCCGGCCAACUCGAGAAGGAGCCGCUCGUUGUCGAGACGCAGCCGGGCGUUGUGUGCAGCCGGUUCGCGCGACCGAUCGAGACCGUCGGCCUGUACGUUCCCGGCGGAACCGCGAUCCUGCCGUCGACGGCGCUGAUGCUCGGUGUUCCCGCGCAGGUGGCCGGGUGCAAGAACAUCAUCAUCGCGUCGCCUCCCAAGGCUGACGGAACGCUGACGCCCGAGGUUGUCUACGUCGCGCACAAGGUCGGCGCUAGCAUGAUUCUGCUUGCCGGUGGAUCGCAGGCGGUGGCGGCGAUGGCCUAUGGAACCGAGUCGGUUCCGAAGGUGAACAAGAUCCUCGGUCCCGGAAACCAGUUUGUGACCGCGGCCAAGAUGCUCGUCCAGAACGAUACCUCGGCGCUUGUGUCGAUCGAUAUGCCAGCGGGCCCGUCCGAGGUUCUAGUCGUUGCCGACAAGUACGCGAACCCAGCUUUCGUGGCCUCAGACCUGCUGUCGCAGGCCGAGCACGGCGUCGAUUCGCAGGUGAUUCUGAUCGCCGUCGAUCUGACCGAAGCCGAGCUGCAAAAGAUCGAGGACGAGGUGCACGAGCAAGCCAUGCGUCUGCCGCGCGUCGACAUUGUGCGUGGAGCGAUCGCGCACUCGCGCACGUUCAGCGUCAAGACGGUCGAGGACGCGAUCGCGCUGAGCAACAAGUACGCGCCCGAGCACUUGAUUUUGCAGAUUGAGGACGCGGCCAAGUACGUCGAUCUUGUGCAGCAUGCCGGAUCUGUCUUUGUCGGUGCUUGGAGUCCGGAGUCGUGCGGUGACUACUCUUCCGGAACAAACCACACUCUCCCAACCUACGGCUACGCAACCGUCUACUCGGGCGUCAACACCGGCUCGUUCAUGAAGCACCUGACCAGCCAAGAGCUCACGCCCAAGGGUCUCGAGAUCAUCGGCCCGGCUGUCGUGAGACUUGCGGACGUCGAGGGCCUUGACGCGCAUGGAAACGCGGUGCGGGUGCGACUUACGCACUUGGCCAAGACGAAGACGGAGGAGGUUUUGGCAAGGGUUUAGAGGUGAAAAAGCGGAGUAAACGAAGUUUUGGAUAUGUGCAUGCUAUAGCUUAAUUUGUUUUGUACAAGAGUUGAGAAAUAAAGAAUGAAUAAAGAAUUUUAAUC